GGGAUCGAACCGACAGCCUUGGGGUUGCAGGACGACCCCCUUACCCCACUGAGCUACAGCCGCCCCUUAAAAAUAUACAUAUACACAUACACAGGCACGUGCACAGACAUUUUGGGGGGCAGGUGCUCAAACCCAAAAAAAGGGCACCCAAUGCCAAAAAAAAAAAUUCUGACAGAGUUGAAGCAUAAGCAACAAUACACUGAUGAUGCUGUCCUCGACCUGCAUUUCCUCUGGGCAGCAUCAGACCACUAGCUUACAUUUUCUUUAUGAAUAAAGAUUAAUUAUUAUAGAGCAACAACAGUACAAGCGUUCUGAUUGGCUAAUGGGUCUUCAUGCCAGCCACGUAUUGCCCUCCUCGCUGGUCUGAUACGGAUCCGUAUUGCCCUCUUAUGUCAAUUUCAAAAUGAGAGAUAUUGAUAGAUAUCAACAGCCAAGAGCAGUGGUCCUCAAACUAAGGCCGGAUACGGCCCGCCUCCACAUUUGGCCCGGCCCUCUGAACAAGAGAGGCCAUAUGAUUUUUUUUUCAGUCUGGCCACGCAAAUCCUAGACUAGUGAGCGUCGCGGAGCAUGUCGGGGCGAAAUUCUCACAAGAACUCAAAUAAAUGCCCUGUCGGAUAUUAAAACACAUUUGGGGUGAGUUUAUGACAGAGAGAGUAACUUUUAUUCUUAAAUACUGAUGAAUGAAAAAAGUGGGCUCCAGCAAAAAGGGCACUUUUCUCAUCCAGGGCAAAGGGGCUGGUGCUUGAGCACCACUAGGGCUCUAUCUGUGCACGUGCCUGGAGCUAGUACACGUGAAACGUGUGUAUCUCAUACAGCAGCGGGAACGUUUGAGUAGCUUUUGUUUCAGCGGGGACUUAUUUUUAUGAAACACCGCGAUUUGGUGCGACAUACGUCGUUAAAGGUUGACAGAAAAUGUCAGCCACUUAUGUAGAGUCUAUGGCCGGUGUUACGGAUUAAGACGCAACCGUGUUAACUGGUUACCUUGAACCAACGCGACCGUACUUGUAGUUUCAGAAAGCUAUUUAUAGGAAGAGAACACGUAGCUGCCCUCGUGAAUGCCGCGUUGUUUAAUUUGUAUAGUAUCAUGUGUCAACCCCUCUCAUAGAUAAUAAUAUUAUUCAGUGUAUGAGAGGGGUUGACACUUCAUUACAAAAUUAAACCGAGCGGCAUUCGCGAGGACAGCUAUACGGGAAAAGUCGCCAGUUAACACGGUCGCUUGCUAAACCGUAACUCCGCAGCCUCCCUUCCGCGGGAGCUGACACUACGAUGCGCCCUGUGUAUGCGAAGUAGUUCUAGCUUUUAGCUCGGUACCAACGUUCGCCCGGUACCGGUACCGUGGUUCGUGAACAUGGAGCGGACCAGCAUCAACGCGGCUCAACGCCCGGACGUUAACGGCGGGGACGAAGUUGUAGGCACCGGCACACAAUGGCGCAACUGGAGCGGCUUUUGGCUCCUUGGAUUGUGCAACAACUUUGCAUACGUGGUCAUGCUGAGCGCCGCUCACGACAUCCUCAAAACACAGCAGUCCCAAAACGGCUCGGCCUCUAAUUCGGCCACGAUGGCCGUGGAAUUCCAAGAUGGAAACAGCAGCAGCAACAGCAGCAACAGCAGCCGCUACGACUGCAACCCCGUCUCUACUGCGGCGGUGCUGCUGGCCGACAUCCUCCCGUCGCUCGUCAUCAAGCUGUCGGCGCCCUUCGUGAUCCACAAGCUGCCUUAUGGGUUCCGGGUGUUGUUCUGCUCCGCCACGGCAGCGACCAGCUUCCUCCUCGUGUCCUUCUCCUCCACCGUGUGGAUGAGCAUUCUGGGUGUGGUCUUUGCCAGCGUGGGCUCCGGCCUGGGAGAGCUGUCCUUCCUCUCGCUCACCGUCUACUUCAGCAGGGACGUAGUGGGCGGUUGGGGCUCGGGCACCGGCGGCGCCGGCGUGGCCGGAGCCCUGCUGUACUCGGGCCUGACCCAGGCCGGCCUGUCGCCCCAGGUGACGCUCCUCGCCAUGCUGGUGGUCCCGGUCGCCAUGUUGCUCAGCUACUUCCUCCUGCUGCUGCCGCCCCCGUCGUUGCCUCAGUGGAGAGUCAGGGAGGAGGAGUACACGGCCGUGAGCUCAGAGGACCGGCGGGCGCUGAUGGAGGGAUUGGAGGAAGAGGAGGAAGAGGAGGAGGAGAAGUCCACCCCAGGACAAAGUGUCGAGUCCACUCUCCUCCAGCGCUCGUCUCCAGCAGAGGCCCGGGCCGUGGGGCCGCUCUCCUUCCCGGAGAAGCUUCACGUCAUCAGAGGCCUGCUGAGGUUUGUGCUCCCCCUGGGAUUGGUCUACUUCGCUGAGUACUUCAUCAACCAGGGUCUGAUGGAGCUCCUGUACUUCCCCGAACUCUUCCUGUCCCACGCGGAGCAGUAUCGCUGGUACCAGACGCUGUACCAGGUCGGCGUGUUGGUGUCCCGCUCGUCCCUGUGCUGUGUGAAGAUCAGGAACCUGUGGGCUCUGGCGUUGCUUCAGGUGGUGAACGCCGUGCUGCUCCUGUUCGCCGUGCGGUUCCUGUUCCUGCCCAGCGCCUGGCUGGUGUUCGUCAUCGUGGUCUACGAGGGCCUGCUGGGCGGAGCGGCCUACGUCAACACCUUCUACUUCAUCAGCCAGGAGACCGGAGACCGACACAGGGAGUUCGCCAUGGCCGCCGCCAGCAUGGGAGACAGCAUGGGCAUCGCGCUGGCCGGACUGACGGCGUUCCCCGUGCACAGAUACUUCUGCUCCCUAUGACCAACACACACUGACACUGGUGUGUUAAACUAUUUACCAAACAGAGACGUUACUCCCACAUGACGAGCAGUGUUGAAGCGGAGGGCGCGGUCACAACGUGUGUUUGGAGUUUGCACUAAGAGUCUCUAAAAACUGACCAAUCACAGAGGAGCUCUUAUAUCAGCGAUUCGCUGUUCUUUCUUUUCUUAUUCCUCCUCUUAGUGCGGCGCGUUUAUCUAACCAUCAGAAUGUGUGUUUCUGAACGACGGGGCGGAGUCGUGUGGUUUGAGGAUACGUCGUUAUUCCUUUUUAAAGAUAAGUGACUGACCUCACUUGUUGUUGUUUAUCCAUAGUGUCAACACAACAACACUCGUGUCUUAUUACGUGUUGAUGUUGGCACACAAACCAAAGAACCCUGACUGUUGCUUUAACGCGUUGUCAUGGUGAUUCCCUCUCCCAGCAGAGGGAGUAGUUUCUUCGUGCCUUGUGUAUUUUGUGUAUGUUUUGCUAUUUUUUUGUUUUGCACACUGGUGAGCAAGUUAUGUGCAUCCCUGUGUAUAAAUGUAUAUAUCCGUCUUUUGUCAUAAAUCUUUAUGUUCUCACAAAAUAUACCGAGAAUAUCGGUAAUAUGUGAUUAAUCAUGAUUAAUCCACAGAAACCUGUAAUUAAUUUGAUUACAUUUUUUUAUCGUUUCACAGCCCUAAUUUAUAUUAAUAUUCUAUUAAUAUUAUGAACUCCUGGACCACGUCGACAUUGUUAACGUCCAUAAGAACAUUUAGUUCUUUGGCUCAAUCUUUACUCGAGUUUGGCUGCUUUGCUCAAACUGUGUCUGUUUCCUGAAAGUAGUAAUUAUGAUAACGAGUACUUAGUCCCCGUAGACGCCCUGUUUCCUCGUGAACAUGUGCACAUGCCUACGGAAAUGGUCCCGACCUACAUGACACUGCUACUUACUGAUUGUAUUUUUAAACCUGCGCUUCUUCUUUUUGGUGGUGAAGCAACGGCUUAAAAACGGGGAAAAAAUGUUAAAUAAUAAAAAUGUGAAUACAUUUGCAAGUGCAAUUAAAAAAUGUGUUUUAUUGCU